AGCAGAGCACUGCGCCGUUGUCUUCAGUUGGUGUUCAGACGCCUGCCUGUGCGAAUUAGACGAGGAGUUGCUGCUUGUCAUUAGGAAAGAAUAUAAUUGGACAAAUAAAACGCUCUUCACAUUGGAGAAAGCCGCAAACACGCAAAAUAAAAUCAUUUGUCACGCGUAUUUUGUGAAUAAAAAAUAGCAAGACGGCUAAACAACGCCAGCAAAACAAACUGUACAACAAACGACGAGGUGACUCAUCGAAUGCUGCGUGAACCACUCGCUGUUGCUGUUACUGUUACUGUUCUUGCUGCCAAUUUCAUUUGCUCAGCGCCAUAGCUCACCCACGAAAAUCAUGGCCAAUCCAGAGGGAAAUAAUUUGGUGGCAUUUUCCCAACGACUUGGCGAAUUCUCUAACAAUUUGUACGGCAAACUAAUUGCCUUGAAGCCCAAUACAAAUGUGGUCUUCUCACCUUUCUCGAUACAAACCUGCGCUGCAAUGGCUCGCCUGGGGGCUGAUGGCGAAACAGCUGCCCAACUGGAUCGUGGCCUUGGCUUGGUGUCCAGCGACGUUCACCAAAUAGCUGAAAGCUUUCAUCAAGUGCUCGCUGAAUAUGAGAAAAGUUCCAUAUUGCGAAUAGCUAAUAAGAUCUAUGUGAAGCAGAACUAUGAGCUGAAUGACGUAUUUAAUCAGUUGCUCUCGAAACAGUUCCUGUCGGCUGCCGAGAAUGUGGAGUUCGAGCGAAACGUCGAGGCGGCGGGCAUCAUUAACUCCUGGGUGGAGCAGCAAACGAAUAACUUGAUUAAAAAUCUGGUGCCGCCCAGCCUGCUGGACGCCGAGACCCGUCUGGUGCUCAUCAAUGCGAUCCACUUCAAAGGCAGUUGGGUGCACAAGUUUCCGGAGCACGCCACCCGCAAUGAGAGAUUCCAUUUGAACGACGUCGACGGCGUGGAGGUGCCCAUGAUGAAUGUUAAGGAGCGUUUUCGCUAUGCCAAUUUGCCUGAUCUGAAUGCCGCCGCCUUGGAGCUGCCCUACAAAGACUCCGAUCUGUCCAUGCUAAUCGUGUUGCCCAAUAGCAAAACGGGCUUGCCGCAACUGGAGCAGCAGCUGCUUGGCACGCCACUCUCAAAGAUCACAGAGAAGCUGCAGAGCCAACAAGUGAUAGUCAAGCUGCCCAAAUUCAAAGCCGAAUUCGAGGUGGAACUGACGCCCGUUUUCCAGCAGCUGGGCAUGACACGCUUGUUCUCCAAUCAGGCCGAGUUUGGCAAGAUGCUGAAGAGUCCCGAAGCCUUGAAGGUCUCGGCUAUCAUACACAAGGCCUUUAUCGAUGUCAAUGAGGAGGGCACCGAGGCAGCUGCUGCAACGGCCGCCGUGGUGCGCAGGAAGCGAUGCAUCGUUUCGUUAGGAGAGCCGCUCCAGUUCCAUGCCGAUCAUCCAUUCAUCUUUAUGCUGAACCACAGGGAGCAGUUGCCCCUCUUUGUGGGCGCCGUCGUUCGACUUGAUGCAACAAAAACAACAACAACAACAACAUCAACGACAGCAGAACACGAAGAGCUUUAGCAAGGGCAUUAGAAAACGCAACGAGCAAAAGCUACAAUUAGAAUUAUUUAGAAAACUUAACGGGUAUUUUUAUUAAGUUAAUAAAGGGCGUUUCGCAUAUAUCAAUCGAAA